GCGGAGCUUCAAAAGGGUGAUUUACCGUGGAACAAAUUUAGUCAUUUCCUUCCUAAAACCCGCACCAGACACAGGGAAUUCACUCGUUCCGGUGACAUCGCGAUUCUGUGCGUCUUUGCCGAAUUUAUGCAUUUCUAAGCAAGGGUGACGAGUUCAAAAGGCAGUUUUGUGACGUGAUGGACCCACUGAAACCAAGACUACCUUCGCCCGGACUUUCCGCCAAAAAAGAAAUGAACCCCAAACCGAACCACGUGGGGACUAUUGUGCUUUAUGGCAUCCCGAUUGUUAGUUUGGUUAUUGAAAAUCAGGAACGGCUCUGUCUGGCACAGAUCUCCAACACACUUUUGAAGCAAUUCAGCUACAAUGAGAUUCACAAUCGGCGCGUUGCUCUAGGCAUAACCUGCGUGCAGUGCACCCCCGUGCAGCUGGAGAUCCUCCGUCGGGCGGGGGCCAUGCCCGUGUCCUCCCGGCGCUGCGGGAUGAUAACCCGUCGGGAGGCCGAGCGCCUCUGCAAGAGCUUCCUGGGGGACAACGCGCCCCCGCGGCUGCCCGACGACUUCGCCUUCGCCGUGCACCACGAGUGUGCGUGGGGCUGCCGGGGCUCCUUCUUGCCGUCGCGCUACAACUCGUCCCGCGCCAAGUGCAUCAAGUGUUCAGUGUGCGGCCUGUUUUUCUCCCCCAACAAGUUCAUCUUCCACUCGCACCGUCUCAGCGCCAACGACAAGUACGUGCAGCCCGACGCCGCCAACUUCAACUCCUGGAGGCGGCACAUGAAGCUCAGCGGCAGCCCCCCCGAGGAGGUGACGCAUGCGUGGGAGGACGUCAAGGCGAUGUUCAACGGGGGCACCAGGAAGCGGCUCUUGGCCUCCUCGGUGGACCGGCCCUCGAAGCAGACCAAGGUCGACGCGCAGCCCCAGCCCAUUGUCCCAUCGCCCAGGAUCCCGAAUUGCCAGGACAUCGCCCUGCCCAUUUCGAGGGUCGCCAUGGAUUUUAUUUAUCACAAGCCGUUGGCGUUUUCGUCCUAUUCCACUUUUCCGUGGUUGAAAAGAAAUUCUAUUCUAUUUCCACAUGAGAGUCCUUUUUUUCCAAUUGAUAAGAGUUAUCAGUCGGCUUUUAAGCCCGUUCAACCUGUCAAUGAGCGAACUGUGCCCCAAAAAGAAGAAGAAAGUGACGAUGAAGUGGAUAUUGAAACUACCGACGAAAAGACAGACACUAACAACUGGAACUUGAAGGAGGAAAAGACCCCGCCGAGUGAGACUUUUGCGAAUCCGGACAUCGUUCCUACGCCACAACGCGACGAAAUGACGGCGAUCUCGCAGCGCAUCUGGAACCUCUCCCGGCUCUCCUUCGACGGCACAGACAGGACGAACUUCCUCUACAGACAGGAUCUGCACAGGCAUUUCGUCAUAGACUCAGAUGAGACGAACUCCCUGCUGCGAAAUCCCGUCGGGGUCGCAAUAGGAAUCAAACCGAACAUUGACUGCUCCACUUGUAUCAACCACAACACUAUCUACCCUGCUCCCGAAAAUACUAAUAAGAUCACCUAAUUUUUCAAUCACUCGCAGUAGAUGACAAGUGCAAUAUCCAGUUAGACUCCAUUUAGCUUACUGACCAUUUUACCGAUCGAAAUACUUAGCACAAGCUGGCUAGUACACAUUUCUAUCAUGUUUUGUUCUGUUACAAUUUUGGUGUUCUGCUAGCGGUCAGAAGCAGAAACAUGGUAGCAAAUUGAAUUAAAGUAAUAAUAACUGUAACAUUUGUAGAAAUAGGACUUAUCAAUAGCAUAUCUGUAUUUACUAGAUAUAGAAGUCAUCAGGCACGAAAUAUCAAUACAGUAGAACCUCUUUACCUAACUGUUACAGCAGUACCGAAAUUAAAGCGAAUAAACAAAUAAA